UUGAUGCCGCCUCACUCCAGUGCGAGUCAAUAAAACUUUGUGCACUGACACACACAACUUCCAGCACCCGCCAGCUGGGCCAAAAUGGGGAUUAGCAAAGCCGUCUUUCUCUUUCUUUUCUUGCUCAGCUCAGUGAAAGGAGAUAUACUAGAUGACUAUUUAAGAACAGAUGGUGUUUGGAUACUUACUCGGAAUAAACAGUUUUAUAGAACAAACAGUGAAAAAGAAUGUGCAAAGAAAUGUGAAGAUGAAGGAAAUUUUAAUUGCAGGGCCUUCCUAUUCACCAGGAAAAAGCAGCAGUGUUUAACAUUGGCUGAAAAUACCAAAACAACAGUGAUGUUCAGCAGCCCAGAUGCAACUCUUUAUGAAAAGAAAAUUUACCUCCUACAAUGUCGAAAAGGAAAUGGGAAGGACUACAGAGGAAUGGAAGCCAAAACUCGGAGGGGUAUUCCAUGCCAGAAGUGGGAUGAAAAAGCACCCCACAAACCAAAUUUUACGCCUGAAAAACACCCCAGUGCAGGGCUGGAGGAAAACUACUGCAGAAAUCCUGAUGGAGAUGAAAAUGGACCCUGGUGUUACACAACAGAUCCUGCUACCAGAUUUGAUUACUGUAACAUCCCGGAGUGUGAAGGUCAGGACGCGCACAGCGGAGAAGUGGAGUGCAUGCAGUGUAAUGGUGAAGACUACCAUGGAAAAGUUUCCAGAACAGAGUCUGGGAUUGAGUGCCAGCACUGGGAUGCUCAAGAGCCUCAUAUGCAUGGAUAUACCUUGGAAAAUUUUCCAGAGAAGGAAAGAUGAAGAUGAAUUCUGAAGAUGAAUUAUUGCCGUAACCCUGAUGGCGAACUUCAGCCUUGGUGUUUCACUACCAGCCCCACUAAGCGCUGGGAAUAUUGUGACAUUCCUCGCUGCACCACACGCCCACCUGUUUCUGGACCCAGCUCCCAGUGUCUUUCAGGGCAUGGAGAAGACUAUCGAGGCAGGCUAGCCAUCACUGAAUCGGGAAACACCUGCCAACACUGGAACACACAGUUCCCUCACAGACAUGGCUGGAUUCCUGACAGCUAUCCCUGCAAGGGCUUAGAAGAAAACUACUGUAGAAACCCUGACGGAGAGAAAAGGCCUUGGUGCUAUACCAUCAACAGAGCUGUUCGAUGGGAAUAUUGUGCAAUUCCCCACUGUGAUGGGACAGAACAAGAGAUUACUGUCACUGAUGUGCCCGAACAGAGUCCUGUCCCAGAGGAGUGCUAUCGAGGCAAAGGCCUGAGUUACCGUGGCAAAACUUCCUUCACUGUGUCAGGAAAGAAAUGCCAAGCCUGGAACUCCAUGUUCCCGCACAGACAUGAAAAAACCCCAGAAAAAUUCCCAAACGCGGAUUUGAGGGAAAACUACUGUCGAAACCCAGAUGCUGAUAGCCGUCCAUGGUGUUUCACCACUGACCUCAGUGUGAGAUGGGAGUACUGCCGUCUGAUGAGGUGUGAUGAUCAGAUACAAGAACGUGCACCAAACCACUUUCCUGCAAUGACGGCACAGAGCUUUGGCCCAGCUACGCCCACCACAUCUGACUGUAUUAACGGUAAUGGUAAAGAUUAUCGUGGCACAAUAGCAAAAACUGGAAAGGGCAGGACUUGCCAAGAAUGGAGCUCUCAGACACCUCACAGCCACAACUAUUUCACUCCCAUGACUCAUCCAAGAGCAGGCCUGGAUAAAAAUUAUUGCAGGAAUCCUGAUGGAGAUGUAAAUGGUCUUUGGUGCUUCACAACAGACCCAGAAAAAAAAUGGGAGUACUGUGAAAUCCCGCGCUGCUCUUCUUCUCACCCUGACUGCGGAAAAUUCCCAAUGAGAAGAGGGCAAGCCUGUGAGCCCUAUGGCAUGUGUUUUGCGUCUCCAGGAUCUUGGCCUUGGCAUGUCAGUCUCAGGACAAGUACUAAUGUGCACAAUUGUGUGGGCACUCUCAUACAUCCGCAGUGGGUUCUUACCGCAGCUCAGUGCUUGCAACAGUCAUCAGAGCCUUCUUCCUACAGGGUCUUUCUGGGGCUACAGAACCUGAAGGCAACAGAGCCAUCUUUGCAAAUCCGUAGUGUUCUGAAAUUAUUUAGGGAACCCAAUGGAGCAGACAUUGCCUUGCUGAAGAUGAGCAGUCCUGUAACGCUUACUGACCAUGUAAAACCAGUUUGCUUGCCCGAAACAAGUCUGAUGGUGGAAAGAAACACAGUAUGUUUUCUAACUGCCUGGGGAAAAACAAGAGGUACUGACGGAGAUAACAGAUUAAAGGACAUUGAGUUCCCUCUGCUUGAAAACAGAAUAUGCAAUAGCCCUGAAUUUCUGAAUGGAAGUGUCAAAAAUCAUGAAUUUUGUGGUGUACUUACUUUUGGAAGCACAGAUUACUGCGAGGCUGAUGCUGGAGGACCUCUGGUUUGCCGAGAUAAAGACAGAUUUGUCCAAUAUGGAGUCACCUCUUGGGGACUAGACUGUACCCAGCCAUCAAAGCCUACUGUUUUUGUCCAAAUUCCUAGUUUUGUUUCUUGGAUCAAGAAUGUAAUGGUUGCCCACUGAAUCUGGAUGCAGGCUGGCUUUACUGGGAAAGCAGCCUCUGUGUCAGAGAAACAGCAUUCCAAGUAUAGUUUUAAAACUGAGAUAAUUCGUAAGAAUCUUAAAUAAAUAUCGAUACUGGCAGAGAAUGAGCAGUUAUUAUGAAGCAAUAGCCAAGCUGACUGAUUAUUACUGUCAUUAAAUAUGUCUAUGUUGUGCAUGGGUAAGUCCACCAGGCUUCUGCAGCCUUGGCAGAGGUCAGGUUCCUAUUUCAACUCUCCCUUUUGAGAUAUGUGCUGCAACUCAUGAAAGUGGCUUCCUUCUCUGUUCAGACAUCCCCAUUUCUCCUGUGUAUAUGCAAGCAACUGGCCUUUCUGUACGUAUAUGGUCUUCCUACAAACCUGUGCAAGAAACCUUUCCCCAAAUCAGACCUGUCCCUGUCCAAUUGGCAUCUGUCCUCUUUCCGCCACUGCUCUUGGAUAAGGGAAGUAACAGCCAGAACGAGCUUCUACCAUGGGACAGGAGAGGCCAGGUGAGGCUGUGACCUAUGCUGCCAGCAGCUGGACGAAAGCAUGGUGAGGUCGCUUCUCCUUGGGGCUAAUUCCCCCAGUGUUACCACCUAAGCCAAGCUUUGUGCUGAGCUGCAUGGAAAGGAAAAAGAGGUUAGAGUUUUGCAUGAGAAAAGCAGCCACCAGCUCCAAUGGGCAAAGCAGUGAGCCUGAUGGCCUCUGGUACAGUUAAUAUAGCCCUGUGCAUUUUUCACUGAAAUGUUGCUGCUGUUUCAUGCAAAUCAAAGGCUAUUGUUCUUAAUUUCAGGGUUUAAAAAGGCCAUUAUCCCAUGACUUUCUUGUCAGAAAACAGUAUUGUCCUAAUACCAUUUCAUUAAUUUGGAGUGAUUGUUGAUGUAGCUCUCCCUGAACACUCUAAUAAAUAUGACAAAUUUUAUGUGACUAUCCAUUA